UAUGAAUUAAAAGUAAAAAGAAAAAAAACAAGAAAAAUAAUAUUAGAGAAGAUGAAUUGCUCCAAGUUUCUUAUUGUCUUCACAUUUGCAAUCUUCUUGGUAGCACAUUCUGGGGAGAGCGCCGUCAUCACUAUUGCAGCAAAACCAAAUGCAGAUAUCGUUGCGGAUUUGUUGAGUGCAUGGAAAGAAGCAUGUGCAGCACCAACCGGAGGAACCAUUGUGAUCCCAAAAGGCACAUUUCCAAUGACCCAAGUACAACUCUCCGGUCCAUGCAAGGGUCCCAUUGAACUCCAAAACCAAGCCACCUUGAAAGCCCCUGAUGACCCCAAGACCCUUGAUAGCACCAAGGAGUGGCUCACCGUCCAAAAUGUCGACCGGUUCACGCUCUCGGGUACCGGCGUCUUUGACGGCCAAGGCGCUAAAUCUUGGGGGCAGAACGAUUGCAAGAAAAGCGGAUCUUGCAAUAAGCUUCCCAACAAUUUGAGCUUUAAUUUCUUGACAAACUCGUUGAUCCGGGACAUUACGUCUCUGGACAGCAAGUUGUUCCACGUGAACGUUUUGGGCGGGAAGAACCUGACGUUCGACCACGUGACCAUCACGGCGCCUGGGACGAGCCCCAACACGGACGGGAUCCACAUCGCGAAAAUCGUGGACGUCAGCGUGAAGGAUAGCACCAUCGGGACCGGGGACGACUGCAUCUCGAUCGGGGACGGGACCGAGAACCUCCACAUCACGGGCGUGACGUGCGGGCCCGGGCACGGGAUCAGCAUCGGGAGUCUGGGAAAGACGCCCGGCGAGGAGCCCGUGAAGGGCGUCUUCCUCGAGAAGUGCACCUUCGUCAAGACCGACAAUGGGGUGAGAAUCAAGACCUGGCCCGACUCCCACCCCGGGGUCGUGACUGACGUGCACUACACCGACCUCACGAUGAAAGACGUGAAGAACCCGAUCGUGAUAGAUCAAGAGUACUGCCCCAACAACGCCUGCACGAAGGUGAAGCCGUCGCAGGUGAAGAUCAGCAAAGUGAGCUAUAAAGGGGUCACCGGAACUUCCGCGACGGAGGACGCCGUGAUCUUCGCCUGCAGCAGCGGAGUGCCGUGCGAGGGAGUUGACGUCGGCGAUAUUGACUUGACCUUCUCCGGCGGCGCCGCGAAAUCGGUUUGUACCAAUGUCAAGCCCACCUUCACCGGAAAGCAGAAUCCGGCGCUUUGCGCCACCAAGGCAGCUUCCGCUUAAAAACUCCCCUAUUUUUCAUGAGUAGUAGUGAAAUGCCGAUAUCUAAGAAUUGAUUAACUACAUAUUAUGUAACGAGUUGAAAAUAAUAAGAAAGAUCAGAGGGCAGCAGGGUAAUGCACUGACCAAACUCGUCCACCUAAUUUUUUGUCAUCUAUGCGCCGUUUCAUCUCUCUCUCUCUAGGGUUUCACCAUCUGCGAUCUAUGCCGCCGGUCGUGAGCACCGAACUUGGACCUUUGCCUAGCCUUCAACCAUACAAAGGUUGGUUUACCCGGUGAGGCUUCUGCACGACUGUCGGAAACAGAGUCGUUUUGGAAGGCUAUGUACUCUAUAAUAUUUUUACACAUAUGUUUCAAGCUUCUAUUUCCUGGUUACACACUCAUGGAUUGGUGGUGCAAAAUCAGUACUUGACACAUGCAAUUUCUUAUUCGGUAUUUAAAGAGAAAUUUUGGGGGGGAAUGAAUCCUUGACACGGGAUUCUAAAGAUUUGGAGAUCUCUACAUAUGCAAUGCCCAAGAAAUAUUGCAUGUAGGAAUGUGCCAAGUCUCAAAAGGCACAAUUUCACUAAUUAGGCCAGCUUUAUUAGCAUUAUCUUUAUAUAUAAGCGUGCUAAAUGAAGACUUUUAAAGAAAAAGUAUUUCUUUUACAUCCUACUUCUUACAUAGCUACUAAUACCCACCCGUAGGCCAUUAUGGCCAGCUCUCCUACCAUAUAUAAGCGUGCAAAAUAAUGACUUGAAAAAAGU